UUUGUACAGAGGCUGGAAGGGCAAGAGCGGAGCUCCGAACAGGCAGCGCGAGAGGAAGAUGAACGGCCCCAGGUCAGAGCCUCAGGCCGAGUGGACCUCAAGCCGCCCCCAGGGCGCCAAAAGCGGCCUCAGCUGCAGCCGCCAGCCCCGGUAGCCGCCCGCGCUGCCUUGGGCAGGGAAGGAAGGCGGCCCGAGCCGGGGAUCGAGGCUCGGUGCCACCUGCGCGCGCGGCAGUACACCUGAGCGCCGUCCGCCCGCGGACGAGACCCGCGGGCUUCGCAAAGCUUGGAUCGUCUUUGAAGAAACGAAGGAAAAGAGAAAGAAAAAAAAAUCCAAGAUCAGGCUUCACUGACCCAUUUCGCUGUCCUUCUGGUUCUCCAAGUUUUUGAAAGCUGACCACUCUGACCCCUGUUCCGGAAAAUUAGCAGCCACCGAGAGAACAGGCUCUGAGAAGGCAAAGGCUUGGUAAGCUCCACACUGAGCGGGGCAAGGCUGAGGGCAGGUUGAAGGCGUGUCCAGGAUAUCCGAGGCUUGACCCUGGGGGCUUACGUGGCUGCCACCUCCGCGGCUACCACAGACCCAGCCUCGCACUCCAAGGCAGUGUACCGCCAGCCACCACCAUGGCCACCCCUGGAAGCAAUGCAUCCGCCCUGGCCUCCGACCGACUGAAUAGCCCAGUGACCAUCCCGGCGGUGAUGUUCAUCUUCGGGGUGGUGGGCAACCUGGUGGCCAUCGUGGUGCUGUGCAAGUCGCGCAAAGAGCAGAAGGAGACGACUUUCUACACACUGGUAUGCGGGCUGGCGGUCACCGACCUGCUGGGCACGUUGCUGGUGAGCCCGGUGACCAUCGCCACGUACAUGAAGGGCCAGUGGCCCGGGGGCCCCGCGCUGUGCGAGUACAGCACCUUCAUCCUGCUCUUCUUCGGCCUGUCGGGGCUCAGCAUCAUCUGUGCCAUGAGUAUCGAGCGCUACCUGGCCAUCAACCACGCCUACUUCUACAGCCACUACGUGGACAAGCGGCUGGCGGGCCUCACGCUCUUCGCGGUCUACGCGUCCAACGUGCUCUUCUGCGCGCUGCCCAACAUGGGCCUCGGCAGCUCGCGGCUGCAGUACCCGGACACCUGGUGCUUCAUCGACUGGACCACCAAUGUGACGGCGCACGCCGCCUUCUCCUACAUGUACGCGGGCUUCAGUUCCUUCCUCAUUCUCGCCACUGUGCUCUGCAACGUGCUCGUGUGCGCGGCGCUGCUCCGCAUGCACCGUCAGUUCAUGCGCCGCACCUCGCUGGGCACCGAGCAGCACCACGCGGCCGCAACCGCCGUCGCCGUGGCCCAGGCCGCCUGCCGGGGCUCCUCGGCCGCCGCCUCCCCCGCCCUGCCGCGCCUCAGCGACUUUCGCCGCCGCCGGAGCUUCCGCCGCAUCGCGGGCGCCGAGAUCCAGAUGGUCAUCUUACUCAUCGCCACCUCUCUGGUGGUGCUGAUCUGCUCCAUCCCGCUUGUGGUGCGGGUGUUCAUCAACCAGUUAUAUCAGCCAAAUUUGGAGCGAGUAAUCAGCAAAAACCCAGAUUUGCAGGCCAUCCGAAUUGCUGCUGUGAACCCCAUCCUGGAUCCCUGGAUAUACAUCCUCCUGCGGAAGACAGUGCUCAGUAAAGCGAUAGAGAAGAUCAAAUGCCUCUUCUGCCGCAUUGGGGGUUCGCGCAGAGAGCGUUCGGGGCAGCACUGCUCAGACAGUAGAAGGACAUCCUCCGCCGUGUCCGGCCACUCUCGCUCCUUCCUCUCCCGGGAGCUGAAGGAGGUCAGCAGCACGUCUCAGACCCUCCUUUACAUGCCAGACCUCAGUGAAAAUGGCCUUGGAGGCAGGAAUUUGCUUCCAGGCGUGCCUGGCAUGGGCCUGACCCAAACAGACAGCACAUCACUUAGGACUCUGCGAAUAUCAGAAACCUCAGACUCCUCACAGGGGCAGGACUCAGAGAGGGUCUUACUGGUGGACGAGGUUGGUGGGAGUGGCAGGGCUGGACCUGCCCCGAAGGGGAGCUCCCUGCAAGUCACAUUUCCCAAUGAAACACUGAACUUAUCAGAAAAAUGUAUAUAGUAGUGAAGGAAAGAAAUACAGCACUAUUUCUGGAAGCUUCUAAGAUCCUGUGCAAUAGACACAUAAAUGAACUGUUUAGCCGUGCUCAGAAGGGCCCUCUUCAUUCUACAAUGCACAUUAGAGAAUAUCCUGGCUUUUGAGCACUUUUCAAACAAUCAAGUUGAUUCCUAUGGGUCCCGAGGUCUGAAGCACAUUGGUUGCCACCUCGCUAUGAUAUAGGAUUUCGGUUACAACCUGAAGGCUGGGAAGAUGUACCCUCAGUUUUUCUACUUGAUAGGAGGAUGGCAUAAGUUUGUUAUUUUCAUAACAUCAAGAGCUUUAUAUCUGGCACACAGCGGAAGGCCAGGUACAGAAGGGCUCUAUUCCAAUAAACUAGGAGGACUAUCUUACGGAUGAUUUAAGUGUCUCACUAAAGCAUGAAAUGUGAAUUUUAUUGUUGUAAAUAUGAUUUAAGGUAUUUAAAGUAUUGUCUUCUCUGUGAGAAGGUUUAUUGUUAAUACAAGGUAUAAUAAAAUUAUGGUAACCCCUCCCCCUAGUAUAACCAGCUGAAGUUGCAGAUGUUUGUUAGAUAUUUUUCAUAACCAAGGUUCAGGCUAUGGUGUUGAAAAUUCACAGUGAGAGUCAUAUCUAUAAAAAAGAUAUAAAUUUUUAAAAGAAAGAGUUUAGCACUAUUAAAGGAAUAAAGCAAAAUACUAUUUAAGACAUGAAAAUUACAGGCCAAAAUAUUAAAGUUCUAAGCUAUGUGUAAUACAUAGUGAAAAACGUUUAGUGAUGCUGCAUGCAUUUAUCCAGAAAACUGAUUUCAGGAGAAGCUAACAUGCUGAUAAAUAUUUUGUACUUCUGUCCUCUCUAGCUGGUACUUUUUAAAAUGUAACAUAAAUUUUAAAAAGUGUUUAAUAAGUAACCCAUAAUUGAAGUGUAUAAUAUAAAAAUAAAAAGUCUAAGCAGCUUGUUUUCCCCCCCAGAAGUGUGCAUAGUUUUACUUUCCUAAGGAAUGAUCUAGAAUAUUCUUUAAAAUUUAAGAGAAAGGCAGAUUGCACCAUGAAGGGCUUUACUUGGAGGCGUGGAAGGAUUGGUUAAAUUAGCCUUUCACAGAUGUCACAACAGAAGGGGUACAGAAAUUGGGCAUGUAAGGGUCAUCUUCUAAAAGUUUUGUGUUAAUGCCCAGUAAUGCUGUACACAUAUUUGAAGGACCUUCUCAAAGAAAUAUUAAGCAUGUUUUGUUGCUUAAAGUGUUUGUUUUUGUGAAUUGCUUGGUUGUAAUUAAAUUGAGCCUGAUAGUGAUGUGGUUUUAAGCAGUUGUACCAACUGAAAUUAUUUUGGAGAUUAAAAUAAAUAAAUACAGUCAGUCUGAGUUCCAUA